AUGGGAUCAAUAGCAGAAGUAAUGAGAAAAUUUGGAGAUGAAAAAAGCACAUUGUUAGAUGAAUAUGAAAGGAUUACAUUUGAAAUUCAAUUGAACCAAGCUAUUCUUGGUCGGAGUUUAUCUGAGCCUGGUUCUUAUAGGAGGAGUACUACCGUAGCACCACCAGGUCUGCCGCUGGCCGGAGAUACUAAGCAGGAGGAGCAAGGGCCGUGCCGCCACCGGCACCACCGUGGUUACGGGUUCCAAAAGAUGAUGAAGAAGUUGCUGAAACCAAUUCUUGGUAAAAAAGGAGAUCAUAGGAUUAUUGACGAAGCUCCUCCACAUCCUAAGGACCCCAGGUUUUGGAAGAAAUUCAGUAGAUCUUUUCGGUGGCAAGAUAUUCUUGAAGCUAUUAAAGCCUCAUCCACUUUACAAAAUCUUGAAAUUUCAAGAAUAAUUGAGCAAAAUGGUGGGUUUAAAACCAUAUCUGAUUUUAAUCAUUUGCUUAUCUCUUUGGUUUUAGCAGAUGAGUUUGAGCUAGCCUUGAAACUGAGCUCAUUAUCUUAUGCAUUAGCACCAGAUGUUAACACAUACUCAAUUUGGGUCAGUUUGUACUGCAAAAAAAAUGACCCUGAAACAGCCAAAUCCAUUUUAGGUAACAUGUUGAAAGAUGGGUUUCAACCCAAAGUUGCCACCUUUACAACUUUAAUCAAUACUUUUUGCAAAGGUGGAAAAUUGCAAAAAGCUUAUGAGGUUUUUGAUGUCAUGGGUCAAAUUGGAUGUGAACCCACAAUUUAUACUUACAACUGCUUGCUUAAAGGUUUGUGCUUUGUUGGUAGAGUGGAAGAAGCUUAUGAGUUGCUUUUGAAUAUCAAGAAAUCUAAUAAAAAACCUGAUCUUUAUACUUAUACUGCUGUUAUGGAUGGUUUUUGUAAGGUUGGUAGGUCCAAUGAAGCACUAGAGUUGCUUGAGGAAGCUCUUGAAAUGGGGCUGAUACCUAAUGUGGUUACUUAUAAUACUUUGUUCAAUGGGUAUUUUAAAGAAGGCAGGCCUUUAGAUGGGAUUAAAUUGUUGAAGAAAAUGAAGAAACAAAAUUGUGUGCCUGAUCAUAUAACUUAUAGUACAUUGUUACAUGGGUUGUUGAAAUGGGGAAAAAUUAGAGCUGCUUCGAAAAUUUAUAAGGAGAUGUUAAAUCAUGAUUUUGAGGUGGACGGAAGGAUUAUGAAUUCCUUGUUGAGAGGGUUAUGCAGGCAAUCAAGGAAGGAAAAAGAGAUGUUAAAAGAUGCAUAUCAAGUAUUUGAAAGAAUGCAGAGCCGAAUGCUGGUUGUUGAUCCUGUUGGAUAUGAGUUGGUCAUUGAAGCUUUUUGUAGUGGCAAGGAGUUGGAUAAAGCACUGGAGAGUUUAUAUGAGGUUGUUAGAAUUGGGUAUUCUCCUAAGGCAUUCACUUUCUCUAAUGUUAUUCGUGUACUUUGUUUGGAGGGAAAAGUUGAUAAGGCAUUGUUAGUUUUUAUUCUCAUGCUGAAAGUUGGAAAAUCUCCCAGUAGUGUUCCAUUUAGCUUGUUGAUCAAUGAGCUGAAUCAACAAAGAAAGCCAUUGACUGCUUGUUACUUGUAUGGUGUUGCAUUGAAAAGUGGGGUGGUGCCAAGAAAUAAACCUGAGGUAUAUAUGCGUGGGAACGAGGUUUUCAACCCUGGAAGUGUAUUGAUUCCAUUGUCACUGUGUGCUUUUUCAUGA